AGGGCUGCGAUCAGACCUGGCUCUUCGAGUUGCUGGUUGAGAAUUAUGUGAUUUUUUAAUUUAUUCCCGGGUUUGUUCAUGAUUUAAUUCUCUAUUGUGUAAUUAUAGAUUAUCGAGGUAAAACUUAGCGCCUGGUUCCUCUGCCAUUGGAGGGGAGGGGAAACUAUGAAAUUCUCUGUUAUUAUAUAUUGGGAAACCACUGAAUAGAGUAGGCUUUUCAUAAUUCAAUGAAGAAAUAGACAAUUGGAAAUUAUCUUAGCCUGACUCGUUUCCCUUGUAUAUAUAUGAAUUAUUUUUUAAACAGUGGUUUAGAGUGGUUCAUGAAGCCCAUCCACGUAAUCCAUAUGUUGGCCAAUGGAAUUGGAUUAAGGCUUGGUUCAGUUGAGACCUCCUCAUUUGGCAAACAAGGGUCAAUGGCUUCUUCUGCAGACUCAUGGAUGAAGGAAUAUAAUGAAGCAGUAAAACUUGCUGAUGAUAUCAAUGGCAUGGUAUCUGAACGGAGUUCAUUGCCUGCAUCAGGACCAGACGCUCAGCGUCAUGCAUCUGCCAUAAGAAGGAAGAUCACGAUUUUAGGGACCAGACUUGAUAGUUUACAGUCCCUUUUGUUGAAGCUCCCUGGAAAGCAGCCAAUAUCGGAGAAGGAGAUGAAUCGUCGUAAGGACAUGCAUGCAAGUUUGAGGUCAAAAGUUAAUCAGAUGGCUUCAACAUUGAACAUGUCAAACUUUGCAAACAGGGACAGCUUACUUGGCCCAGAAGUAAAGCCAGCCGAUGCCUUGAGCAGAACAGUUGGCCUGGACAACUCUGGCCUUGUUGGGCUUCAACGACAGGUCAUGAAAGAGCAAGAUGAGGGUCUUGGGAAGUUGGAGGAGACUGUCAUAAGUACAAAACACAUUGCAUUAGCAGUCAAUGAAGAACUUGACCUACACACUAGACUGAUUGAUGACUUGGACCAACAUGUUGAUGUUACAGACAGUAGGUUACGGCGGGUUCAGAAGCAUUUGGCGAUUUUGAAUAAGCGCACCAAGGGUGGUUGCUCUUGCAUGUCCAUGCUCUUGUCAGUUAUUGGGAUCGUGGUUCUAGUUGCUGUCAUAUGGUUGUUGAUAAAAUAUCUGUAACAACAAUGGCAAGCCCUGCCACGUCUCUUUGUUAUGGCACGAAUCAGGUUUAAUUGUUCAUAUGAUGGUUCUAACAAAAUAGUUGGCUUCUUGUACUAUGGUUCUUUGUUUGUGAAACGGAAUGUCUGAGGUGUUAAGAUACUUUCUAACUUUCUUCUGUAA